AUGGCUGCGGGGGUGGCGGCGCGGAAGGCGGCGCCCGGGCUAGAGGCGCUCCCCCAGCAGGAGCAGAUCUCUCACACAAAGCUUUCUGCAGAUGAUGUGUGGAACCUGCAGCAGGAGAGGAUGUACAAGAUGCACCGUGGCCACGAGUCCAUGCACGUGGAGAUGAUCUUGAUCUUCCUCUGCGCUCUGGUCAUCGCCCAGAUAGUGCUGGUGCAGUGGAGACAGAGGCACGGCCGGUCCUACAACCUGGUGACCUUGUUGCAGAUGUGGGUUGUCCCUUUGUAUUUUACGAUAAAACUUUACUGGUGGAGGUUUCUGUCUAUGUGGGGAAUGUUCUCAGUUAUCACCAGUUAUAUCCUCUUCAGAGCUACCCGGAAACCUCUCUCAGGGAGAACACCACGUUUGGUCUACAAAUGGUUUCUUCUAAUCUACAAACUCAGCUAUGUAUUUGGUGUUGUGGGUUAUUUGGCUAUCAUGUUUACAAUGUGUGGAUUCAACUUAUUUUUCAAAAUCAAAGCUAGAGAUUCCUUGGAUUUCGGCAUUGUAUCCUUGUUCUAUGGCCUCUACUAUGGAGUAAUGGGAAGAGACUUUGCCGAGAUCUGCUCAGAUUACAUGGCUUCUACUAUAGGGUUCUACAGCAUCACUGGCAUGCCCACGAGGAGCCUGUCAGACGGUAUCUGUGCCGUCUGUGGCCAGAAGAUCAUUGUGGAGCUUGAUGAAGAGGGGCUCAUUGAGAACACCUACCAGCUUUCCUGCAAUCAUGUCUUUCAUGAAUUCUGCAUCCGAGGUUGGUGUAUUGUUGGUAAAAAGCAGACUUGUCCUUACUGCAAAGAGAAGGUUGAUUUGAAGAGGAUGAUCAGUAAUCCCUGGGAGCGCACGCAUUUUGUGUAUGGACAAAUCCUGGAUUGGCUUCGUUAUCUGGUGGCCUGGCAACCUGUGGUGAUAGGAAUAGUUCAAGGCAUUAACUAUUCACUAGGGCUAGAAUAGCACAGCAGACUGACCCCAGAAGCAAUAUGUUGCAUGGUUGACAUAUUAUUAAAUCCUUGGUCCUACAUUUAAUAUUGAUUUUUUUUUAAUUUU